UGUGUUCGGUUUGUAUGUGUUUACGGUGAGCAAGGAUUUCACAAUAGCAUGAAAAGGAUGGAUCUUGAACCAGCAGCGAAGGAGUACCAGGAUGCGAUAUCGAAAGUUAAAUUGGUGGAACGCAAUCCGGCCCCGAAUGGCACUGAGAUUGUAAGCAUGUACCGGACGGGUGUGCGGGAAGCGAACGACAUAGUGACCCUUGCCAAAGAGAUACAGUCCGCCGACGUCGCGGUAACGAAUAAUGCAUGCGCGAAGCUUGUUAUGAUCGCGGAACAGAUUCGCUUUCUGCAGCAGCAAGCGAAGAAAAUUCUGGAAGAAACACAAUCCGCACAGGAGUUGCACCACGCGGCCUGUAAUUUUCGCAAAAUUCCUGGUCACAUCUAUCACCUGUACAAGCGACCGUCGGGCCAAACAUACUUCAGUAUGCUGUCCCCGAAUGAAUGGGGACCGAAGGGAUGCGAACACGAGUACCUGGGUAGCUUUAAGCUAGAGCACGAUCAAACGUGGACACCGGUGGAAAAGAUCGAACAGGUGCAGGAGAACAUACGGUGGGCACAUCGUGUGCUGGAGGCCGGGUUGAACUCGCAAAGGAACGGUUUCCUGUCGAUCGAUGAUGUGGCGGCAGCUGACAAGCAGGUGGAGUCUUAGAAUCUAAAUUU